UUUUAAAGACCCCAUAAGAAUUUUCCAGCGUUCCCUCAAAGGGCUAUUCCGCCAGACUGGUCCAGGUUUACAAUUCCCCUUCCCUAGGUUUUAUCUCAUUGCCGCAAAUUAAGCUCUUCCUGGUUCUCACUUCUGGCUUGGAGCCUUUGAACCCUGCUGUUUUUUUCCUGUGCUCUUUCGAUUGUUUUGCGAAUGGGGGUCGGCGGGUGGACCCCGAUCACAGAAAGACGUGAGAGGUGCAGACUGAAUGACGCCCUUAUUCCUUGCAGGACCUACUUCUCCAUUCUACUUGUCACAUAUCUACUUCUAGGAAUUUGUGCAGCAAAUGAUUCAAAACCAAACAUUGUCUUGAUAAUGGCAGAUGACCUUGGCAUUGGGGAUCUGGGAUGUUAUGGUAAUGACACACUAAGGACCCCAAAUAUUGAUCGUCUUGCAAAGGAAGGAAUAAAACUUCUACAACACUUAGCUGCUGCCCCUCUGUGUACUCCCAGCAGAGCUGCUUUCCUGACUGGCAGACAUGCCUUCAGAUCAGGAAUGGAUGCCACUAAUGGAUAUCGGGCACUUCAAUGGAAUGCAGGUUCAGGAGGACUUCCUGCAAAUGAAACAACUUUCGCAAAAAUACUACAGCAGCAAGGAUAUGCAACAGGUCUUAUAGGAAAAUGGCACCAAGGAGUAAACUGUGAAUUCCGAAAUGAUCAUUGCCACCAUCCAUUAAGCCAUGGAUUUGAUUAUUUUUAUGGCAUGCCUUUCACACUUAUAAAUGAUUGUCAAAUAAACAAACCUCCAGAAGUAGAUGCUGCCUUUAGAGCUAAACUUUGGGUUUACACCCAGGUAAUAGUCCUUGGGAUGCUAACACUUACCAUUGGUAAACUUUCUGGCUUAAUCUCAGUGCCCUGGAAAAUACUGAUGUGUUUGAUUACUCUUAGUUUUCUGUUUUUCAUUUCCUGGUACUCCAGUUUUGGAUUUAUAAGAUACUGGAACUGUAUCUUAAUGAGAAACUAUGAAAUUACCGAACAACCAAUGGUUUUAGAGAGAACAGCAACUCUCAUGCUAAAGGAAGCAAUUUCAUUUAUUGCCAGAAACAAGCAUAGGCCAUUCCUCCUCUUUGUUUCUUUGCUUCAUGUCCAUAUUCCCCUUGUUACCACAAAACAAUUUUUUGGGAAAAGCAAACAUGGUUUAUAUGGAGACAAUGUAGAAGAGAUGGACUGGAUGGUGGGUAAAAUUCUUGAUGCUAUUGAAAAAGAAGGCUUGAAAAAUACAACAUUCAUUUACUUCACUUCAGACCAUGGAGGGCAUUUGGAGGCUAGAGAAGGACAUGUUCAGCUUGGUGGAUCAAAUGGAAUAUACAAAGGAGGUAAAGGCAUGGGAGGCUGGGAAGGUGGAAUUCGUGUGCCAGGAAUAUUUCGAUGGCCUGGGGUAUUACCAGCAGGUCAAGCAAUUGAUGAGCCUACAAGUCUGAUGGAUAUCUACCCAACUGUUGUUCAUCUAGGAGGAGGUGAAAUGCCUCAUGACAGGGUGAUUGAUGGCCACAACCUGAUACCUUUGUUGCAAGGAACUGUUAAGCACUCAGAACACCAUUUCUUAUUUCACUAUUGCGGGAUUCACUUACAUGCAGCACGAUGGCACCAAAAGGACAGUAACAAAGUUUGGAAGGUCCAUUAUGUAACUCCAAAUUUUCAACCAGAAGGAGCUGGAGCUUGCUAUGGGAGAGGAGUUUGCCCAUGUUCUGGGGAACAUGUAACUUACCAUGACCCACCUUUGCUAUUUGAUCUCUCAAAUGAUCCCUCUGAGACCAGCCCUCUUUCACCUGAUACUGAGCCCUUCUAUCACACGGUGAUUGAAAGACUAAGAGAAGCAAUAAGGAAGCAUCAAAAAACACUUCAUCCUGUUUCCCAGCAAUUCUCAAUGAACAAUAUCAUGUGGAAACCAUGGCUUCAGCCAUGUUGUGGUACAUUCCCAUUUUGUUCAUGUGACAAGGAAGCUGACAAUGAACACAUUACACUCUAGAUAAUUAAGAACAAGUAGAGCAUUUUAAGUUUCAGGAAUUUUUAUUUAAGGCAAUUUUGUUUAAAGAAAUAAACUUAUUUUGGACAGGAUCACAGAAUGUUAGGACACAGUGAUUAUUGAAUGUAUAUCAUGCACAAAAUUUUGAAAUAGGUAUAAUAGAAGAUUGUACAGAAAUGUACAGAAAUGAUCUCUAAAUUAAUUGGUCUCAUAAUGUCAAUUAAAACAUUUCCCAAGUUGAGGAAUACAAUAUGCAACUUCAUCUUAGGCAUAAAUAUUAUAAUAAAAGUGAUCAAUUUUACUUUACUCUUAAAAUUGAAAUGUUAGAUUGACACACACCAUGCAUAAUCUAUAUUUAUAUAGUAGUUUGACAUGUAAAAGUAUCUAUGUAUAAUUAUGUUUAAAAUAGCACAGUCCUGUGGAAUUGAGUUUAUUCUCCAUUCCAGAUUUGGGGAUAAAUAUUUCAGUGGAAAAUUGCUUUUAAUUGUGCUGAACUUUUCAUGUCCUUUAAUUUCUAAACACAAAUGCUAAACUUUAUGUCUACAUCACAACCAACUAAUCCUGCAUGAUGAGAAAAAAAUCCAAAUUUUCAUUUGAACAUUCCUAGAAUCUAGAGAGAUUAGAAAGAAUCUCAGAGAUUAUCUGGUUCUAUCUACUUUUGAUGAUGAUGGUGUUGAUAGCUCAUGCAUAGGCACUCUGCAACUUAUAAAAUAUUGAACAAGGUAAACAAAUUACCUUUAGUCAAGCAAUCGCAAAAGAGCAAAGCAAAGACUUUAGACCCUAAGUCUCCCAACUUCUAGGAAAUGACUGUUCCACAACACACCAAGCAACCUUUCAGUUAAUUCUUCUCAAGUUAACUCUUUUUAAGUAUCCUUAUGUCUUUUUCUGAGAGUAUAACAAGGAAAUGUAUAUAUGAUUUUCAGUAACCUUUAGAGGAAAACACCGUUAAAAUUUUUAAAAACUAUUUUGAAGAUAGUAAUCAUUAUUGAGUUAAAGGAAUCAAUGAACAGAAGUGGCGAAAAUAUGUGAAAUCUGCUGAUUUGUGGAUGAUUUAUAAGAUUAAUGUGAAAUGUUUUUAUAAAGCAUUUUCAUUAAAAAACACUAUAAUCAAUUCAUGCUUAUUCAGAUCCCUGCUGGCUUUUUUUUUUUUUUUUUUUUUUUUUUACUUUAGAAGGUAUUAGAAUUUCUCUUGUUUAUUUUUUGCUCAGGCAAUUGGUGUUAAGUGACUUGCCCAGAAUCAUACAGCUGGGAAGUGUUAAGUGUCUAAGACCAGAUUUGAACUCAGAUUCUCCUGACUUCAGGGCUGAUACUCUAUUUGCACCAUCUACCUGCCUCAUCUGUUAUUUAUUUUUAAAAAAAAAAAAAUUUUAAACUGUCAGUAGGCACAUGCAUUGGCAUAAUCCUUUAUCCACUUAUCAAAUGCAAAAGUAAAUAUGAGUCAGGAUUUAUCUAAGAAAACUAUACAGUUGAUGUAAUAAUAUUAGCUUCCUCUUUCUGGCAUUCUUCUGUAUCUUACAUUCAGUAUCAUGGAUUGCUCCAUAUCAGGAACAUCUGGUCUGCAAGCCAUAUAAGGCUGAAAUCAUUUGGUCUUGCCCUGCCAAGACAACUGCAGAUGACGAAUAGAAAGGUAGGAAUAAGAACCUGCUUGAAUUUUUAAGUUGAUUAUUUUGUGUGGCCCACAAAUAAUGUUAUAAAUAUCCAAUGGCCCUUGACAGAAAAUAAAGAUUUCCUAUCCCUGCCUACAUCAUCAUGGAUGAUUUUUCCUGAGUUGCUAUUUAAUGACUUGGAUUGAAGGAAAGAAUUACAAAACCGAAUGCUUAACCAGGGACUUUGAGAUUCAGUCUCAAACUCACCUAGGUAAAUACAUAUUCACAUCUUCAUACUCCAUACAUAAAGUCAUUUCUCUAAUGUGGUGGGGAGAGAGCUUUUUCUGGAAACCAAAGUAAAACUAAACAAAAAUUAUAUACUCCAAAAUGCCAUUGUUCUUACUAUUGUCCAUUCAUUUUCCAAGAGAACCUAUAAUGUCAUGAUGUAUGAUAGAUGAUGACUUAACUUGUGCAUGAAUUAGAUAUGUGAGACUGAGUUGUGCAGAUACUUUGCUUUAGAGAAUCUCUUUAGGCAGCUAGGUGGUACAGUGGUUAAAAUUCUGGACCUAGAUCAGGAAGACCUUUAACUUUGUUAGUUUCCUCAUCUCUAAAAUGAGCUAGAGAAGGAAAUAGAAAACCAUUCAGUAUCAUUAUCAAAAAAGCCCCAACUGCAGUCACAAAGAGUCAGAAAUGACUGAACAACAUUCUUAUUACAAGGUGAUGGAGGAAGCUCCUCUACAUGAGUAUAUUCCAUAUUCACAUUCUCUUUGUUACUAGCUUUGCUUCUAUCUUCUGUAUAUUUCUUUUUAACAAUGUAAAUUAAUUUGUGGUUUUUCUGUAACUCCAAAUAAAUUUCACUUUUCAUUUUCAUAAGAA